AGCCAUGGAUGCAUCAUAUGAUGGUACUGAGGUAACUGUCCUGAUGGAGGAAAUUGAGGAAGCCUACUGUUAUACUUCCUCUGGACCACCCAAGAAGAAGAAAAAAUACAAAAUACAUGGAGAAAAGGCCAAGAAACCCAGAUCUGCUUAUCUUCUCUACUACUAUGACAUCUACUUGAAAGUGCAGCAAGAGCUUCCCCACCUCCCACAGUCUGAGAUCAAUAAAAAGAUCAGUGAGAGCUGGAGGCUUCUCAGCGUGGCCGAGAGGAGUUACUACUUGGAGAAAGCCAAAUUAGAAAAAGAAGGUUUGGAUCCUAACUCUAAGCUCUCUGCACUGACUGCUGUGGUUCCAGACAUUCCUGGUUUCCGCAAGAUCCUACCCCGCUCGGAUUAUAUCAUCAUCCCCAAGAGCAGCCUACAGGAGGACCGGAGCUGCCCUCAGAUAGAGCUAUGUAUGGCUCAGAACCAGAUACCCCCUAAAGGACUUCCUCUUCCGUCCAACACUGUCCCAGAGACAGUUUCCAGCCAUGCAAGCAUGGCAGAGCAGUGCUUGGCUGUGGAGGCAUUGGCUGAGGAGGUGGGAGCCCUUGCUCAGCCAGGUGGUGUACAGGAGAUUGCCACCUCAGAGAUCCUCAGCCAGGAUAUGCUUCUGGAGGAGGCUUCCUUGGAGGUAGGGGAGAGCCACCAGCCUUACCAGACAAGCUUGGUAAUUGAAGAGACCCUAUUGAAUGGCUCACCAGACUUUACCCCUGGAAGCCUGGCUAUGCCCCACCCCCAAAUUGGGGAGAGCGUGUCAGUGGUAACAGUUGUGAGGGAUUCCAGUGAAGGUAGCUCCUCUGCACCAGCUGCUCAGUUCAUCAUGGUGCCUCUACCUGCCUACUCAGUAGUGGAGAAUCCCACCUCUAUCAAACUGACCACUACAUAUACCCGCCGGGGCCAUGGGACAUGUACCAGCCCAGGUUGCUCUUUUACAUAUGUCACCAGGCACAAACCACCUAAGUGCCCUACCUGUGGCAACUUCCUAGGAGGGAAGUGGAUUCCAAAGGAAAAGCCAGCCAAAGUCAAAGUGGAAUCGGCUUCGGAUGUCUCUUCCAAUAGCUCUGUUACCUCUGAGCAAAAUUUCUGUAAUGAAAAUGACUCCAAAGUGACUCUGGAGAACUCAGAAGCUGUAAGCCAGCUCUUAAAUGUUGUUCCUCCAAGAGAAGUGGGUGAAGAGAAUGAGUGGGAGGAAGUGAUUGUCUCCGAUGCUCAUGUUUUGGUCAAGGGAGGUCCUGGAAAUCGAGGUACAGCAGUCACUAAGGCACCAGUUGUCAAGAAUUUUGUGAAGACUGAGGUUACUCUGGAAACACCUGAGAAUGACAGUCCCCGACCAUACAUACCACCAGCAGCUGAGGGUUCCAGCACCUCCAGUCCAGUACCUGCUUUUAAAAAGCCUACAGGAGUUGACCUACUCAGUACUGGGCCCAGAGCUACAGAGCUUAAAGGCAGAGCACGGGGCAAGCCCUCAUUACUGGCUGCAGCAAGACCCAUGAGAGCAAUUCUGCCAGCCCCAGCCAGUGUGGGGCGAGGUAGCAGCAUGGGACUGCCCAGGGCCAGGCAGACUUUUCCCCUGAGUGAUAAGACUUCCUCCAUGAGGACUUGUGGUCUGAAGCCAAGCACACUGAAGCAGCUAGGCCAGCCCAUCCAACAGCCAUCUAGUACUGGCGAAGUGAAGCUACCAAGUGACUCAAACAACAGGACGCCUCAGGUGAAAGUUGUAGAGGUCAAGCCUGAUAUAUUCCCUCCAUAUAAGUACAGCUGCACGGUCACACUGGAUUUGGGCCUGGCUACAUCAAGAGGCCGAGGAAAGUGCAAGAAUCCCUCUUGUAGCUAUGUCUACACCAACCGGCACAAACCUCGGAUUUGUCCCAGCUGUGGUUUUAACCUUGCCAAAGACAGGACUGAGAAAAGCACCAAGGCUCUUUUCACCUGGCCUGAAUUCUUGGGCUCCAGUGAAGUAAAUGUGGAAGACUUUUGGGCCACAAUGGAAACAGAGGUGAUUGAGCAGGUGGCGUUCCCUGCCAGCAUCCCUAUCACCAAGUUUGAUGCCUCUGUUAUUGCCCCCUUCUUUCCACCACUCAUGAGAGGAGCUGUGGUUGUCAACACUGAGAAAGACAAAAACCUGGAUGUGCAGCCAGCACCUGGCAAUGGCAGUGCCUUGGUGAGGCUGCUCCAGGAAGGCACCUGUAAGCUUGAAGAGCUUGGCUCCUACAGUGAGCAUGAACUGCAGCACCUGCUGAAGCAAUGUGGCAUUCCCUAUAGAGCAGAGGACUCCAGGGAUCAGCUCUGCCUCUCCUUUUUGGCCCUCUAUGAAUCUGUACAAAAUGGAGCCAGAGCUAGACAACCCCCACCUCAUCUCACAGGGGGUAAAAUCUACAAGAUGUGCCCUCAUCAGGUGGUCUGCGGCUCCAAGUAUCUUGUUCGAGGUGAAAGUGCUCGUGAUCAUGUGGAUCUUCUUGCCUCUUCUCGCCACUGGCCGCCUGUCUAUGUGGUAGAUACCGCCACCCCAGUGGCUCUGUGUGCUGACCUCUGUUACCCGGAGCUGACCAGCCAAAUGUGGGGAAGGAACCAGGGCUGUUUCUCUAGCCCUACAGAGCCACCAGUGAGUGUGUCCUGUCCUGAGCUCUUGGACCAGCAUUAUUCUGUGGAUGUGAUAGAGGCUGAGCACUCAAUCCAGCACCCAGUCACCAAGACUCCCACGCGACGUAUUGUUCAUGCAGGCACACAGCCCAGUCCCAGUGACCCCAGUGCUGGACAUCACUCCUUGUCUCUGUGUCCUGAGCUGGCACCCUAUACAAGCAUCCUGGCCUCUACUGUGGACAGCAAGCCAAACAGUGUCCGCCAGCGGCCCAUUGCCUUUGACAAUGCCACCCACUAUUACCUCUACAAUCGCCUCAUAGACUUCCUCACCAGCCGUGAGAUUGUCAACCGACAGAUCCAUGACAUAGUCCAGAGCUGCCAGCCAGGCGAGGUGGUCAUUCGUGAUACCCUUUACCGCCUUGGGGUUGCUCAGAUCAAGACAGAGACAGAGGAGGAGGGUGGAGAAGAGGAGGUGGCCACCGCAACUAAGUAAGCCAGGCUGUCACUUAGACUGCACCAUCUCAAGCCAUAAUAGGGCCCUUGCCCAAGGCAUCCCUAUCCAGGCACCUGCAGAAGCAGUCACUGGUGGGAAAGGGCCUCUGACUGCUGGGACUGACCAAAGAGCUUCCAUUUCCUGAGCAUAGCAGGGCUCAGGGUCUUUGCUUCUCAACUCUCCAGGGCUCAGGGCAGAUGCCAGGAACCCCCUGUCUAGCCCCAAGAGAGCAUAUAAGGGAUACAAUGUGUUUAGGGGAGGGAGGGAGACAGCUGGUUCCUUGGCUGUACUGUGGGUCAGAGAGGAAGGCCUGGGGCAGGCUAGGCAGGAGAUGGCACCAAGUGGGCAGGUCAGGGAGGACUCUGAGCUUGCCCUUCCCAUCAGGUACUCCCUGCUCCCAGUCUCCAGCCACAUUAGCUCCUGAGCCUAUUGCCUUUGACUAGGGCCUCUAUGGCCUCAUUCACUCCAGAGGUCCCUUUGGGUUCUUGACUGCUCCCCAAAGAGGAGUACGUUUUUGUCUAGAUCUCUUUGCACCCACCUCUGGGAUAAGCUGAGGAGGGGUGGAACAGUCAGCCACAGCUGUCUUCUUGGACUAUCCUCUGCCCUGAGCUUUAGGGAAGAUUACCCCCUUCCUCCUUUCCCUGGCCACUGCUGCUGCGCCCUGCAUUCUCUGGACCCUGGGACCCUCACCACAUUGGGGAUGUGGCCCAUGGUUGUGACAUAACCUGGCAACAGUAGAAAAACUCCCUUCUGUGAAGGGGAAGCAGACAGGGCUGAAAGGAAACAGCAGGACUGGCUCAAGUGCCCAUGGUUUGCUAGGGCCCAGGAACUGGCCGAAUGUUAUUUAAUUUAUUGAGCGGAGUGGAGUAGGUGGCUUUUUUUCCCCUUUCCUCCUGCCCCCAUGAGAAUAAAGUUUAUUAAAUUAUCUGGUUUUGAUGACACAAGAGCCAGUUCUAUGUGCAUUGUAUGGGGUGCAGUGUGGUUGAGCUCUGGAGGACUGAGCUGCUCUGUCAAAGGGAACAGCAAGUGAUAGGGAAAUCUCAAUCACUGGUGUCGUGGUAUACAAAGAACCAGAGGCUUGCUAUAUUAAUGCUGUUAGUUUAAUGUUGACAAAAAAAAAAAAAA